CAGUGAGGCACACACACGGUAGGAGAGGUUUCAGAGAGACUAUCUGCGUAUCAACCUCAUGCAGGACGCAGAUAUUAUUGGGCUGAAUAUGCAUAUUCGUUUGCCUUAAUUAGCGCAAUAUAAUACGUAUAUUCCCAUAAACAUCCCAUAGCUAUAUAGCGAGCUAUCACCGACCAAUAGAAAUUGACGAUACAUGAUUCCGGGAGCCAAUCAGCGUUCUCCACCUUUCCGGGUACUACCAGGCUAGCUCGCCUUGACCGUGGCUCUGCAGAAUAUCUGUACAAGCAGGACUAUUUAUUGAAGAUGUGCCUCCAGGAUUUUCAUGCCGAGUCAAGCUCAAACACUGCUUCCUAUUUCAUCUAGCGGCAGGUAACAUUUACAAUUAUGGAGGUUUAAAAAGGUAAUGUGCUUUGGGGGGAAGGGGCUUUCCCCCUCAAACUGGAUGAACUGUUUGAUGGACUUUUCAGGUGGUUUGAGAAUUUGCCUUUUGCACACUAAGCUAAACUAGAGAGCUAUUACAAAGAAAGUAUUUUUGCAAAACUGUGAAUAUAUGUUUGUAAAAUUUUGUACAGAAAAGAACUAGCCAAAUAUUUAUCAGUUAAUGAUGCCUGUGAUGCUUCUUCUAGCACUGUGUUGUGUGGGUCACGUUGUUGAUAUGGUGGACUGAGGCAAGGUUGACAUUCACCCUGGGGUUGCUAGGGUGCGGUGGAAACCCAACACUUGCACAAUUCUAGCACCCCAAAGUUUGGACAGGGAGCACUUUUUUUUUGUUUGUUUUGUGCUCGUGUUGUAUGGCAAGUUUAGGUUUUCAGUACAGUUUUAUUCAGGACUUGUGGCAUAACUGAUUGUUACUUGUCUUAUUAGCAGGCAAGACUGUGGCAGAGUAGGGCAUAUUUUUAAUUCGGUGGGGGAAAAGAGUAUAAUAAGGUGUUGUGGGAAAGGUAGUAAGAUGAGUCUGAUAACCCCAGAAUGCACACCAAAAUGCCAUUCACCACGUCAUGCCGAGGUGAUUGUGGCUGCUCUGACUGGUGGCUCAGAAGGACAGCUGAAGACCUUCCUGUCAGCUUACUGCCAUAAUGCUGCCACUCUGAAGGAUGAGUUUGGACGCACAGCACUCCAUCUCGCUGCUUCACUGGGAAAACGAGCCUUGCUUGAAUGGCUUCUGGACAGCAAGAGUGCUGACCUGUUGUUGAAGGACAAGGAGUCAGGAUGGACAGCUCUGCACCGCAGUGCAUUCUAUGGACAUAUUCACUGUCUCAUGGCCCUUGUCAAGCAUGGCGGUUCACUCUCUAUUCUGGAUAAGGAGGGACUCUCUGUUCUGGAUAUAACUAUGAAGGAUCGCCCAGGUCAUGUUGUGUUUCAGAACAGUGAUCCCACUGAGGUGUACACCUGGGGUAACAAUACCAACUUCAGCCUUGGACAUGGAAACCAGGAGAGUAGACACAAUCCUGAGAUUGUGGACCUGUUUCCCAGAUCUGGGGUUUAUAUUAAGCAGGUGGUCGUGUGCAAGUUCCACUCUGUCUUUCUUUCUCAGAAGGGCCAGGUUUACACUUGUGGUCAUGGACAGGGAGGACGUCUUGGACAUGGGGAUGAACAGACGUAUUUGGUUCCCCGUGUAGUGGAGGGGCUGGUCUCUCAUCACUGCUCUCAGGUUGCUGCAGCCAGAGAUCACACAGUAGUUCUGACUGAGGAGGGUUAUGUUUACACUUUUGGUCUUAACACAUACCACCAGCUGGGUCUGACGCCUCCUGCUGCCAGCCAAGUGCCUAAACAGGUGACUUCUAAGUGUUUGAAAGGGAAGAACGUGGUUGGUGUUGCUGCUGCAAGGUUUCAUACAGUUCUGUGGACGAAAGAUGCAGUCUACACUGUGGGACUGAAUGGAGGACAGCUGGGCUACCUGCUGGACCCAAAUGGAGAGAAGUGUGUGACUGUGCCCCGGCAGGUGUCUGCCCUACACCACAAGGAUGUCACCAUUGCCAUGGCUGCAGCCAGUAAUGGGGCUACUGUGUGUUUGACGGAGAAAGGGGAUAUCUAUUUGCUUGCUGACUACCAGUGCAAGAAGUUGGCCUCCAAGCAGCUGAACAUCAAGAAGGUUCUUGUAACUGGAGGCACUUUGGACCAUCGGGUAGACCCGCACCUCCUAAAUGAGAGUGGGGGAGAGAAGAUGUCUAUCUUAGCCCUGGAUGAGAUUGGCAGGGUGUACUGCUGGCGCUCUGUGGGCACUUUGUUGAGACAGUGUAGGUGGGCCUAUGGGCGACAGGUCCUUAUGUCUGACAUCGCCAUUGGCAAGAACAAAAUGAUGUUCGUCACGCAGGAUGGAGAGGGCUUUAGUGGCCAGUGGCUUGGUGAAUACAAGAAGGGUAUGGAUAAAAAAGAGGUUUGCAGUCAUUCUGAGAGUGGAAGUGUGUAUGAGCGCAUUCGACUGGAAAGGCUACCCUACAUCCAUCGAGCUGUCAGCAUUACCAUGGACUCUAAGGGCCGUAACUUUGGGGUGCUCCAGUCAGAUCCCAAAACCAGCAUAUAUGAAGUGCCCACUGUUUCAGCCUCCUUGUUCCCUCAGCAUUUCCAGCAGCUCCUAGCUGAAGCCGAUGAGACAGACAGCAUUCAUGACGUGACCCUUCAGGCUGGUGAUCGUGUCUUUCCAACUCACAAGUACAUCCUGUCUAUGCGUUCAGAAUUUUUCCGCAAGCAGCUCCUCCCAGAGGCCGGGCAGGGAGACGAGGCGGAUGGGGAGGUAAGGAGAAGUGUGGACGCUGUGGGUUGUGACCUUCUGGUGCUGGAUAAGAUCUCCCCUGAUAUGCUACAGCAGGCAUUGCACUUCAUCUAUACAGACUCAUGUGAGAUGCUAGUGCAUGGAGCAAGGCCAACAAUCUCACGCCUCAGCCAUGGCCCUGAGCAGGUGCAGCAGCAGCUAAUAUGCAACCUGCAGGAGCUGAAUGUCAGUGGACGCUCUGCUCUGGAGAUCUACCGAUCGCUGCCUGCCUCGGUUCCCGCACAGGGAGAAAAGCCGAAGAGCAAAAGUGCCAAAUCUGGGAAGAAGGACAAGGGCGACAAUACUAAUGAACCUAGCCACAAUCCUGUAAAGAUGCUGCAAGGAGUAGCCAAGAAACUGGGCUUGGGUGGUCUCUUUGCAAGGCUUGAUGGAGUGAAGUAUGAAAAUGGGCAAAUCCGUGUGGUGCAAAAGAAGACUGGCAACAGACCAAGAUUCUACCUAAAGAAAUGCCCCUACCUCUGUGACGUCACCUUGCGGUCUGAGGACGGGAAGGAGUUCCCUUGUCACAAAUGCAUUCUGUGUGCCCGACUGGAGUAUUUUAACAGUAUGUUGGGAAAUCCCUGGAUUGAGUCUACUAGCUGUACUGCACUGGAGAUGCCGACGAGUGCCAAGGUCUUGCAGGUUAUUCUGGAGUACAUCUACACAGAUGAGUCUCCCACUAUCAGAGAGUCUCUGAGUGUGGAGUUUGUGUGCAGUGUCCUGGUGGUGGCUGAUCAACUACUCAUCACUCGAUUGAAGGAGAUAUGUGAAGUGGCCAUCACUGAAAACUUGACUCUGAAGAAUGCUGCAGAUCUACUAGAGUUUGCCGUGAUUUACAAUGCCGAGCAGCUUAAACUCUCCUGCCUGCAGUUUAUUGGUCUCAACAUGGCCGCCUUGCUGGAGUCCAAGGCUCUGGAGAUCUUGAGUGAUGAUGUGUUAUUGGAGCUCUCUGAAGCAUAUAGGAAAAUGAUUCCAGCUAUGCAGAGACGACAUAUCACUCCCUAUCUCAGUGCCCCUAAUCUGAGUGCCUAUGAGGACAUGAGCCUGGAUUCAACCACCAGCUGUAAAACCAGCUUUGAACAGGAGCAGUCCUACAAUGAUGGUCCGUUGAAGAAACCCAAGGUGAAGGCUAAGAAGAAACCACGUCGCCGCUUGGAUAGCUCAGGAGGGUACAACCUGUCUGAUAUCAUCCAGAGUUCACCCACUGAUGUCAUUCAGAGUCCAACCUCUGUAGGUUUGGUAGACUCUAGGAAAGCUUGCUCAGUGGAAUCUCUGCAUGAGCUGAUCACAUCUGAUUCUGAGGGCAGUUAUAUUGGAGUGGGCAGUCCUCGAGACCUUCAGUCUCCAAUCUUACAGGACACACCUUAUGUACAAGAGGAAAAGUCAGGGCAUGUUGGUUGGAAGACUCCUCCCAACACUCCAACCUGGAGGAAAGGAUCUUUGCCUGUUAAGUGCUCCACACCUGAACCUAUUCCCAGGGUUAAGGCAAGUCCGACUCGUCCGGCACCUGUUCUGGAUCUCCGGGCCAUUAUGGAGAUGGAGGCCAACUCUCUGAACCUUGGAGCCACUCCGAAAAGCCCUGGCUCGUCUGGAAACAGCAGUAAAUCUUCAGUCAUCCCCACUAAACUGUCUCAGAAGCAGAGGAAGAUGAUAGCCAUGGCUAACAGAGAGGCCAAUUUUGAUGGACCAUCUGCCAAAUCUCCCCCUGGAGUCACUUCAGUUAAGCUUGCGAAGGGCUGGGCAACAGCGGUGCAGUCCUGUCCUUCAUCACUGUCUUUUCGGGAUUUGUUAACGGAGGAAGAGCAGCGUGAUAAAUCAUCUGCAACUGCAGCCAUGGCUGCCGGGAGUCCAGCAAGUACUACUGGCACGGCCACUUGUGCCAAAAGAGUGACCUUUAAGUGUGCCGAGCCUAGCAAUGCUGGCAAACCUGCAGGGCCAUGGGUGCUUGGACAGAUGGGUAGUCCACCGGCUACUACUGCAGUUACUUUUGCAUCCAUCAUUGAAGAGGAGAAGCAGCAGGAAGCUGCACUCAUCCGCAGUCGAGAGAAGCCUCUGGCAUUGAUACAGAUUGAGGAGCGAGCAAUACAGGACUUGCUGGUUCAUUACAGAGCUUUCAACAACCCUGAUGAGUUCAUCAUGGUGGAGAGAUCCCCCCAAGGCCCUAUCGCUGCCCCUACCUGGAACAAACAUUCAAAUUAGCACACCUACCGCCCAUCUCUUGUCUGCUAUUGUCUUGUCUAUCUUUGUGUGGUCCAGUCAGUGUUGGCGUGUACCAUGGCUAUGUAACUGGAUCAAUAGGGCUUUUUCCUUCUUUUGCUUUCAUGUUAGGAAUUUUUCAGUGCUUCAUAUUUUUGCUGUUAAUUAGAGUGAAUAAGGACUGAAAAUCAUAAGUCAUGGUCAUAGAAUUAUGGACUAUAAAUUUGAAGAAAAUGAUGCCCCCGUGUGGUGUGUUGCAGUUUACUAUGAGAUCGUGUAUUUGAUUAGAAGAAAUUAGUUAUUUUUUUGUUUUUUUGUUUUUUUUUUUUCUUUUGCUUUCUUGCAUAUGACUUACAGCAGUUAGCAGAAAUGGACACUGCACUUGAAGUCUAAGGUUAUUACAAGACAGAGUGAAUGUUAACCGAGGCUUUUCUAGAGUCUUUGUCUUUAGGGUUUUUGGCAAUGAUCAUUAUGGGACAGUUUAUUCUGGAAGUGGCAUGCAAUAAAUAAAUAACUCAUGCACCAAUACUUCCUUUACGUGGUAUCUUAAUUUGAAUGAAAUUCAGUACACAUCAUUUACAUGUUCUUAUUAUACAAGAUUUUUAUUUUUUUUCCAAUUCAUGAUUGUUCCACAAGGUUAAUGAAUUGAAAAUUAUUCUCUAUAAACACUAAGUCAAAUUGGUCUAUAGUUUUGUAGUAGAUUGGUGCAGGUUCCCUGACAUUCAUCAAAGGAUUGAAUGUGUGUGUGUGUGCAUGGUGCCCUGCACUGUUCUGGCAUCUCAUCCAGGUUGUAUUCCAGCCUCAUGUCCAGCCUUCGCAGGAUAGACUCUGGAUCUACUGUAACCCUAAGCAGGAUAAAUUGUUUAGGGAAAGUGAGUGGCCAUGCAUAAUUAGAAAAUACUUUAGUCAAAUGUGUAUUUCUCAUGACAUUUUACUGGUUUAUUUAUGAUGAAGUAAGUGUGACUACUAAUACACAGCAUGACCAAAGGUUUGUGGACACCUGAGAAUCACACUUGUAUGUGGUUCUUCCCAAAACUGUUGCCACAAAGUUGGAAGUGCAGUUGUAUAUGAUGCCUUAGUAUGCUGUGUCUUUACAAUUUCAAUUUACUGGAACUUAGAGGCCCAAAUAUUUUCCAGAAUGUAUAUUCUCCUAUGCACAAAAUGAGGUCCAUAAAGACAUGGUUUGGCAAGUUUGGUUUCGAAGAAUUCAAAAGGCCUGAACAGAGCCCUGACCUCAAUCCCAAUGCACACGUUUGGGAUUAAUUAUAAAGCAGACUGUGCCCCAGGCCUCCUCAUCCAACAUCAGUGCCUGACCUCACUAAUUUCCAAAAUCUCAUGGAAAGCCUUCCUAGAAGUGUGGAUAUUAUUAUAACAGCAAAGAGGGGACUAAAUCUGGAAUGGGAUGUUUAAAAAGCACAUAUGGCUAUGAUGAUCAGGUGUCCACAAACUUUUAUCCAUAUAGUGAAUGAAGGCUAUAUACAUUGUUAGUAACGUAAAAGGACAUUGAAAUGGUUAUUAAAUAGAAUGUGUUAUAAACACAGACAAUGUGUCAUUAUAAAUGACUCAUUCUUGAAGUCAGUCUUAUCAAUAUUAAUGCAAUGGUUUAUCCACACCUAUUCCUGAAGAAAAGUUAAGUGACAUUCUCUCCAAAAUAAACCAGAUGAAACCACUAUCAAUUCUUUUCCAUGGUACCACCUUUAUUCCUUUAACAUACUCAUUUGUGCACUCCUUUUGAUUUCAUAUUGAUGAAUUUGAUACUUACAUUCAAUCAGGCAGAUGAUUCCUCUCUAAGAGAUCUCUCCCUUUGCAUCCUGAGGGUUCAUUAUGUCAUUAAAUAGGUGUGAUUUUGAAAGCAGACUGGAUGACAUCUUCAUAAAAAAAGUGCAUUGUGAUUAAGGAUGGUAAUAGACUAUAAUUACUAACAUGGUGCCAUUUAGUCAUCUGACCUGAGUACUGUGAAGUGAAUAGAAAUUACUCAUUUGACUCCGUUAGUUCGAGAGCAGAUGUUCUAUGGGGCUGGCAAAAAAAAAAAAAAAAACACUGGAAGGUUGCUAAGACAUCUUGACAUCCAUGCACACCAAAGUGUAUUUCUUCAUUAGGAGAAUUAUGCCUUAUGAAUGAAACUGACUUUAGUGCCAUGAGAACCUGACUGGAGAGUCAAUAUCAUGACCGUAAGGAGUGGGACAUUUAUGGCACUAAAGAAAAAUAACUAUUCUCCAUUGCACUGUUGGAGCUGUAUUGUGAACUAGUUAACGAAGGCUAUGUAUAUACAAUAUGCCACUAUAAUGCUUAUGUGAUUAACUGGUUUAUUUUGUACUUAGCACUGUUUAAUCUAAUGUUUUCUCUUAGAAAAGUAUGAGGAAGUACUAAGAACCCAACAAGAGCAUACAGGUGAAUCUCAAAAAAUUCAAAUAUCAUGGAAAAGUUUUUUUUCCCCCUGUGAACUGUAAGCCGUAAUCAUCAGGAUUAAAACAAAAAAGGAUUGAAAUAUUUCACUUUAUGUGUACUGAAUCUAGAAUAUAUGAAAGUUCCACUUUUUGAAUUAAAUUAUGUAAAAAAAAAUGAACUUUUCCAGGAUGUUCUAGUUUGAGAUCACACAAAAUCCAUUACAUGAUCCAGAUGUUCAAUGAAUGUUAAUUGCAACCUUGUUGCUGUGCAGCAGUUUAUAAGAUGUAUUGCCUAAUGUCCACUGUAAAAUAUUCUUUGCAGAAUAUUUGUACUUAAAGUUGGAGUCUUUGUUGCGGUAGGAGAAAGUAAAAAAAGAUUCUGUAGAAUACACAACCGUUUAAAAUUGUUGUAUCAUGGAAAGUUGCCUAAAUAAGUUGAGUAAAUGUGUUUACCUAA